AAAACCAUUAUGAAAUUCACCAUCAGGCUGGCGGUGGCAGAGUCAACAUCAAAGUAUGCUUCGUGGUGUUCUGGGAAAGGCCUUCCGACUUGCUGGCUAUACCAUUCAGUAUGGCUGUAUAGCUCACUGUGCUUUUGAAUACGUUGGUGGUGUUGUAAUGUGUUCUGGACCAUCGAUGGAACCUACAAUUCAAAAUUCAGAUAUUGUCUUUGCAGAAAAUCUUAGCCGACACUUUUAUGGCAUCCAAAGAGGUGACAUUGUAAUUGCAAAAAGUCCAAGUGACCCAAAAUCAAGUAUCUGUAAAAGAGUAAUUGGUUUGGAAGGGGACAAAAUCCUUGCCAAUAAUCCAUCUGACAUCUUUAAGAGCCGUAACUAUGUGCCAACAGGUCAUGUUUGGUUAGAAGGUGAUAACUUAGAGAAUUCUACCGAUUCCAGAUGUUAUGGACCUGUACCAUAUGGACUCAUAAGAGGACGGAUCUUCUUUAAGAUUUGGCCUUUCAGUGAUUUUGGAUUUCUGCGUGACAGCCCAAAUGGCCACAGAUUUUCUGAUGAUUAAUAAGUAUUUCCUUUUAAUUUGAUUAUUGUCUAUUCAAGUGACUUUAUUCUUACUACAGUUGAAACAGUGAACUUAACAAUAAACUAUUUGCUAUUCAGUUUUA